AUCGUCAACUCGCGCAUGGUGCUGGCCUCGCCAGAGACGGCUACGGAUGCCCACUAUGUGCCUAUGGAGGGGUUCAUUGCCCACGAGUACUUCCACAACUGGACGGGCAACAGAGUGACGUGUCGUGACUGGUUCCAGCUAACACUCAAGGAGGGGCUCACAGUGUUCCGCGACCAGUUCUUGCUCUCGCAUUCUGCCCUGCGUUUGCCGGUUCGCUUUCUCUCCCUGCCUCUUUCACCCAUCUCGGCGCCUCACCUCUUUCUGUCCAUCCCAUCCCAGCAGCAAUACUCCAAGGAAUUUGGUGCGAUGGCGUGGGCGGGUGCUGCUGUUGAUGGUGCGCGGGCGGGUGCUUCAGCUAUUCGUCUUGCUUUUGGGAUGGGCUGCAGAAGAGGAGAGGGUGCAGAGGACGAUGCACGCGGAGGAAAAGAGGGUACUAAGGCGGAGGAGAGGGGGCAGAGGAGGACAAGAGCACGGGCAUGGCAGCAGCAGCGGUAUCAGCAAGGGACAACAAGCAAGGGCGGAUCAUCGGAGCCCUCAUUUCCUGGUACGUUCCUCAUCUCCUCCUUGCUCCCAUCUCCUCAAUGCACGGUGAUGUUCCUCUCCACUCUCACCCUCCUCUUCUUCACGCCUCCUCCCUUGUGUUUCCGCUGA